AUGACCUCAUCCAAACCUACAGAAUUGUCAGCGUUGUUAGAUGAAUUCUUCGAAUUUGCUCGGACGGAUCAUCUGCAGGGUCAUCCCUUGAAACUACAGAGGAAGCCGAACCAUAUGGAUGUUCGACGCAGCGCCUUCUCGCAGAGGGCCAUCGGAGCGUGGAGCGAACUCCCUGAGGAGAUGGUCCUCUCAGAUACUGUUGACACUUCUAAAUGGAAUCUGGAUUCUCCUUUGCUGAGAAACUGUGACAAGUAUAAUGAACACAGUGUCAGUAGCAGCAGUUUGCAACUGGCUCACAAUGGCUGA